GACACUCGACUCAUUUGCUGGGUGGGGACUUAAAUUAUUAAAGCAAAACGAUGCUUCAUUAUUCUCUUGCAUGAAAACAAAGAUACCCUUGCAACGGGUCCAUAUGGUGAAAAUAUUAUUAAAAUGGUCCCCCGAAUAAUGGAGCAAAAUUUUCCAAAUAUAGAUAAACAACAUCAUUUGAUUCAUGAUACUAACACACCUACAAACAUUCUCUGUAUUAGCAAGAUAAAGUCACAAAAGAAACAACAAUGGCAAACACAGAGAGUAGUAGCAGAAACUCAAGAUGGUCUCUCAAGGGAUUCACAGCUCUAGUUACUGGUGGAACUCGUGGAAUCGGGCAUGCUGUGGUGGAGGAACUAGCUGAGUUUGGUGCUAUAGUGUAUACUUGUUCUAGGAAUGAAGAGGAGCUUAAUAAACGCUUAAAAGAGUGGGAAGAUAAGGGUUUUUUGGUUUAUGGAUCGGUUUGCGAUGUGACUUCUCCUUCUCAAAGAGAAGAGCUUGUUGGAAAAGUUGCUUCUGCCUUCAAUGGCAAGCUCAACAUACUUGUAAACAAUGUUGGAACAAAUGUAAGGAAACCAACAAUUGAGUAUACAACCGAAGACUAUUCAAAAUUGUUGACAAUUAACUUGGAUUCUGCAUACCAUAUAAGCAGCCUGACAUAUCCGCUUCUUAAAGAAUCCGGAAAUGGAAGCAUUGUGUUCAUUUCCUCUGUUGCUUCUCUCACAAGUAUAGGUUCUGGAACCAUCUAUGCAGCAUGUAAAGCUGCAAUCAAUCAACUGAACAAAGGUCUGGCUUGUGAAUGGGCAAAAGACAAUAUAAGGAUCAAUUGUGUUGCGCCGUGGUAUACAAAAACACCACUUAAUGAAUAUUUAUAUGCCAAUAAUGAUUUUGUGAACGAAGUACUAUCUCGAACACCAAUAAAGCGGAUAGGAGAAACGCGUGAAGUGUCUGCCUUGGUGGCUUUCCUUUGCCUGCCAGCUGCUUCCUACAUCACUGGACAGAUUGUCACUGUUGAUGGAGGAUUUACUGCCAAUGGAUUUCAACCCACCAUGAUUAUAAGAAGUGAUUAAUUAAGUGUAUAAGAAGUGAUUAUUUGUAAGUUUUAAAAUUUGAUUUUAAUAAGUUUCUCAAAUGAAGCUUGUUUUUAUUGUAAUUUGUGAGACCAUGGUACCAUAGGACUUUUCUGCAUCAUCAUAUGAACAUACCAUAGGAUUUUAUCUAUGGUGAUUGCGCCUGUU